UUUGCCCGGUCAACAAAUCCUGACCUGGAGACCUGGUUACGGGUACAGUGUUGAGGUUAGUUGGCUCCCUAAGUAGCUAUAGCGGUAAUGUUGUUUUUCUAAUGUUUUACAGCAAUUGGUAUAAUGAGAUUAACUGCGGCUUUUGACUUGGAGUUCAUCGGCAAUCAUCCACUACUAUUCGUAAUUUUCCGAAAAAAGUGCCCAAUAUUUUGGAUACUUUAUAAAGGAGACUUUGAAGAAAAUGAAUUGUUAUAGGUAUGUCAUUAUUAAAGUAGGUAGUAUGUAAAUAAGUAUGUAGUAGCUGUACCGACAUAUGUCGAUAUGUAUAUAGGUACCAUUGAAAACAACACGACCUUUCGAAGCCCCUUUUUACUGUGAAUACGACUACGAUUACGAUUUUCACUUCUAUACCCAUAGCAAUAAGAUUUAUCAAAACUGUAGGAUACCACAAUUUGUUAUUUACACUCAAUAUCUAUCGUAUUGCUACGGAAUAGAAUUCAAAAUUGGUUGUAAAUGGGUUUAUUCGGUAAAAUACAACGUAGGUACUUAGUCAACUGGGGCUAAUGACAGCUUUGUUAUUAGCUGCUCAAAGUUGUAAGAAAGGGUUAUAAAUAUACUUCAUUAAAUGUCUUAGGAAAAGUUGGUAACAAUGUACUUCUAGGUUUUCUGAGAAGGUUGUGUAAUAUGUAUGUUUAUUUCUAGUUCCAAAGUAGCACUGCGCGCAAAAACGGGGAGUGAAAUUGCUCUUCUACAGCUAUACGUCAUAUCCGGACUGGUAUACCCCAAUACCUGGUAAAACUUUUCCUGUGUAUAGCCCUGGAGCAACUCAACUAGCGCCAAAACCUGAAAUGAAGUUCAACAGUCCUUGGAAUGCACCUCAGCAGUACCCCACUAGACCUAUCGGGUGGAGUACAACAGCGCUACCUAUACUUGUUAGCAGUCCGAGUAUUGUGCCACACAGUCAAUUGCCAUUAAAGCCGCCAGCUACGACGGCUGUUACUGGUGCUUCACAAAAAGUUAUUACACAGAAAAAUAUGUCUUCCAUUGACAAAUUUACACAACGCCUAGACCUCUUUGAGCGACAAUUUUAUAAGAUCACGUUCGCGAAGCUUACGAGCAUAAGUCCAGCAGAUCGACAAGAAAAUGGAAUGAGUUUCGUACAAUCUGGUUUCUUUCUACUAAUAACUUUGAUGGUUCUCUCGAAAGAAGUCGACACCGCUACCAGGGCUGAAAUAGACAAAUGCAUUGGAUUUAAAAUUUCCGACAUGGAAAGCGUUGACUUAGUUAAACGUCUGAUAUCAACGUUGCCGAGUACAUCGGACACGCUGACGGUGCGGCACGCCUCGCGCCUGGUGCUGUGGCCAGGCAGAGAUGAACCACGCUUCCAAGACGGCGCCGCCGAAGCAUUAAUGCUAAGUGUAGAACGCUUCAAUGGCAAUGAGACAUCCGAUACCAUCGCUACUAUCCUCAAUAAAAAAGUGGAAUUAGACUCCGGAGGUGCGAUACACGAUACGUUUGACGAAGGUGAUGUAUCGGGAGGUGUGAUCGCGGUAUUUAUGACCACGCUGUACAUGCGCGGACGCUGGCGAGCCUCGCCCACGGUCCUCAACGGCACGCAGCCUUUCCACGACGCAGACGACGCCCCCCAACGCACAGUACGCAUGAUCAGGAUCAACGAUAUCAUGAAAUACGCAGACCUAAAGGAUUGGGAUGCUCAGGCUUUAGAGAUUUCUUACGCCACUCCAGAUCUCACGCUCCUUAUGUUGGUGCCUCGAAGUAACUCAUUGAAGAAGCUAACGCAGCAUGUCAGCGACACGAGCGUCGCAGAUAUUAUAUCAAAGAUGAAGACAGUCAGAGUGGCCGCCACUAUACCUAUCUACACUCUUCGAAUGACCUUACUACUGCCUAACAAAUUACAGGCAAUGGGAAUGCCACGACUAGUGGACGUGAGCAACGUGACGGAUGCGCACUCUCUGAGACUGUCACACGCUGUGCAGCGCGUCAUGUUCUGGGCGGAAGCGGGACGAGACGCGUAUAAAGACGAUGGCAUCGAGUGGGACCAAAAACCAGAAUUGGAAGUAGUUGCUAACCGGCCCUAUAUAUUUUUUGUACGUUGGCGCAACGUCACCCUUAUGAAUGGAAAUUUUGUGUUGUAAAAUCAAAAGAUUAAUAUAUUUUUUAAACAUAACGAUUUUCUUUUAAUUUAUUUUAACAUUAUAAAUAUUAAAAACACAA